AUGACUUCCACUUCACAGCAGCCUGUCAACUCUCCACAUACUUCCAAAGACGACAUUGCUUUUCCACCUGACUCAUACACGGUUCAAUUGGGUGACUCAUUUACUUCAAGGCCUUCAAAAAGAACUCCCUCCUAUUACAGCUUCAAAUUCAACUCGGGAGGAGAUGACCGUAGUACAUCAAACCGCAAGGUCUCACUCUCCAAGGUGAACGAUGACUCGUAUACAGUAGAAUAUGCCCCAUUAGAGAAUGCCAAUGACAAUACCGAAAUGACCUUUGACGCUAUACCCGGCAGUGUUCAAGAACUCGACUGUGUGCUUGUUUUUGAUGAAGAGACCAAGACCUUCACACUUGAACGCCCCUUGAUGAAGUUUACCUUACGCAAUCUACGGAGGAAAAGGGCAGCGCUGGCCGUGCCUACACCAUCAUCAACACCUUCCAAACCCGCCAAACGACAAAAGAAAUCAACAAAAGGCAGCAGCGUUGCUGGUGGGAAAGAUAAGAAAUCAGGCAGCCAUCGCAAUGCAAGUGCUACGACUACUUCCACUACGACUGCUACCAAGACAACAGGCGACAAUACCAAUCGUGCAGGAGAACAACGAAGGUCGAGUGUGGAUGAUGCGGAUCUUAUUUCCAAAGACAUCGAUGCUGUAUGGGAUGAUGUUUUGGGUGACGACGACGAUGAUGACGAUGACGAUAACAAUGAUGAGCGAGGGCAAUCAUCCAAGACUAUGACAGCAGCAUCAUCACCUGGUGUCUCGGAUACGGAUACAUUUGAAGAAGUCAUUGUGCAUGAAACAACACCCACUACGAAUCGACGUAAAAUCAAAAUGGCAUCUCAACCUAUUCGACGACCUGAUUCACCACGGCGUGAGUUUGCUGGCAAAACCUAUUCACCAGCAACAGCUGCUGCAGCAGCGGCAGCAUCUCAACGACGUGUAUCAGUAUCAUCCGAUGGGUCUGAUGACGAUGACGAUGAUGGAUCUUCCAGUGGAUCUUCUUCCAGCAGCAGUGGCAGCAGCAGUGGCAGUAGCAGUGGAUCAGAAUCAGGGAGCUCAGAAUCGGAUAGCAGCGAUGAUGAAGAUAUGACUGAUCUCAUUGAAAAUGUGGAGCGUGGUAUGGAUGAGACCUCAGCACCUGCUUCACCAGCCCAUCAGUUUGCUACCACUAGUACGCCAGGCGCAUUUGAAGCUUCUCCUUAUACCUCAUCACCUGCAACAGCUCCUAGAUCUACACCAGCUCGUAACGGUGGUCCAGUCUCAUUACGUGCACUCUUUGAUGAUCCAAAUCAACAAGAUGAUGAAAGUAUCACCAGCUCAGAUAGUGAUUCUUCGGAUAACAAUUGA